UCCCGCUGCUGCUGCUGCGCCGCGACACGGAUUGGUUCGUUUCGUCGCUUCGUGGCAAAUGUGCUCUUAUUUUAAAAUUGACAACUCUUCUGUUGAGUUUAGUUGUGCCGAUAUUUGUUUUAGAAGUCCUUUACAGUGAAAGUGAUCCGUUUCUGUUGUUUUGGGACGCAUUUUACAGCGUUUUGGGGGGUUUGUUAGCCGACUAGCUCUUUAAAAAUGUCUGAUCCCUGGAAUCGAGGACAUGGCGCUGUGGACGAUAUGCUUGAUGCUGAAAACAAGCUUUUGGCGGAUAAUUUGGCGAGUAAAGUCUCUAGACUGAAGUCUUUGGCAUAUGACAUUGACAAAGAGGCAGAGGAUCAAAAUACCUACCUGGAUGGCAUGGACUCAAAUUUUCUCAGUGCAACUGGCCUUUUGACUGGAAGUGUGAAGAGGUUUUCUAUGAUGGUACGGUCUGGCCGAGACAACAGAAAGAUCCUGUGCUACGUGUCCGUUGGCCUUGUGAUGCUCUUCUUCUUGCUUUACUAUCUAGUGUCACGGAUACAGAGCUAAUGGGUCAUUUUCUCACGUCUUAGACCAGAUUCUGAUUUCUCAGUUCUAUGAGAAAUGUCCCCCUCCCCAUGGAGUUUAUCCUGGAUGAUUUAUAACAUUUAUCUCUAUUUAAGCAAAAUUAUGUUUACACUCACAAGAGUGAUUUAUUCAAUGUAUAUUUUUAGUCAUGAAACAAAACAUGCCAUGGACCAAUGUCUUAUUUCAAGUUUAUUAAAAACAUAAUUUUCAAUCUCCAUGAUUUAUAUUUGCAUCAUUGUAGAGUAUGUAACAAGAUGUAACUAUUUUUGCAAAGUAUUUACAUUAAAUCAUUUUUAAAGGUAAUGUGCUUAUUGUUUUAGUAUGUCUUUGAACAAUAUGUACUUAUAAUAGGAUGACCAUAAUAUUGCAGCAGUAUAAUACUGUCUGUC